AUGCUGUUCGCGUUCUCUGUCGGGAUUGUGUUUGGCGCGCUCCUGGUGUUCACCAUCCAGGCAGCGCUGAUUGCGCUCAUCUACCAGCGCUUUUACAGGCUGCCCGUCGCGGCAGAGGACGCCGACGCGCUGCUCGCUGAGAAGGCCGAGCGACACCGCCGACGCCAGGCCCAGCUCAGCCUCACCCAUGCCAGUGCGAUUGAGUACGACCUGCUGCUCCAAGCCCAUCGCACAGCCGUCGUCGAGCGCUGCGCCUGGCUCAACGUCAUCAUAGCAAGAGCGCUCGGCCCGCAGCUCAACCAGCCAGCGCCGGCGGGGUCGUUGUCCAGCACUGCUGCUGGUGUUGUUGGUGCCAUUGCGCCUCAACUUGCUGCUGCUACUACUACAACUACCAGUACUAGUACUGUUGGUGCUGGCGGAGCUGCUUUGACGUCGACGCCUGCAGCAGCAACCGAAGCGAAUCUGCACAGUGCGGGCGGGCUCAGCAACACGAGCAGUGCCGCCUCAGCCGCCAGUGCCACUGCCAAUAGCGGUCCUGCAUCUACCUUUGCGACGGGUGGCACAGUUACAGCGGGAACGGACGGCGCGUUCGAUCCGACACCCGGACCCGGCGGCCACCACCCGCUGGCUGAGAUGCUCCGCGCCCGCCUGACAGACCUUCUCGUGGGGCAGUUUGACAGCAUUCGAUCCAUGCUCAUUGGCAAGUUUAUGCGCCAGGUUGCAUUGUGCGAUCUCCGCGUCGUGCACGCGUUGCCGCUCGUUUCCGCAAUCAAAGUGCUGCCAGCCGAUGGCCAGACGGCACCGUCCGGACCAGCAGGAGCGAGCGAGCCCAACGCGCGUGUCUUGGCGGGCAAUCUGCUCGUCGACUUUCAGAUGGCUUGCGAAAUCACCCUCCUGAUUGAAGUGGAGACGAUUCUCGGUGUCGUCGGCCGCUUCAGCAUCACCUUGCUUCGCCUUUCUGGUCGCCUGUUCCUGAAGCUCUCAGGAAAGGAUGAUUCUCAGUUUGGAGUGGCAUUCUUCAACGAGCCCCAGCUCGUGAUGAGCGUGGUUGCUUUGCUGAACGGCGAAGAAAUGCGUUUUAUUGCUGCUCAGCUCGAAAAUGCCAUCAAUCGGCAGGUGAAGGAGCGGCUUACCAUGCCUCAUCUCACCAUGAUACGCGGCAGUCUGGCAGAAUGGCUGCUGGGGCCAUUUGCACAUGCGUCCCAUUCGCAAGGAGGCGAUUCUGACCUUGUGGGCGAGGCAGCCGCUAAAACUCGCAGCAUUUUAUUCAGUGCAGAAGCAGGAGCCAUGCCUCGCACCGGAGCACUGGCGGCAACGACGACAACGACAACGACGACAACAACAACGAUGGCCACUUCAACGUCGUCCUCGCCAGUUCGUGCCGUCACUCAAUCUGGGGAGGGCGUUUCUGCCGCCUCAUCCGUCUUAUCCGCAGCCACAACAACAACGACAACAACCGUGACCAAUGCACAAAACAGUCAAGCCUCGGGCGCUUCGCACGGCGCGCUUGUGACAGCCGCUGGUGUUUAUGCGGCAUCGCACUCUCAAGCUGCUAGCCGCACAACCUCUGGCAUUGCUGACGCCAGCACCAAGCCUAGCAACAGGCCUGGCAUUCCGCCUGUCUCUGGGACAGAUGUGAUAGACUCGACCGUGUCGGGUGCCGAAUUGCCUCACGAAUGGCUGGCCCAUACGUUUGGGUUUGAGACGGUUUACUGCAAUCGUUGCGCUUUUGUGGUUUCAGAUCGCGCGUUUGUCUGUCGCUUCUGCUCGUACGUUUGCCACAAGCGAUGCAUUGGCAAGCUGGUUGGCCGCGAUGUGCACUGCUGUUCCAAACUGGUCAUUGCACCGGAUUGGUCUGCCGCCACUGGAACGCAUCUUUCAGCAGUCACCCCAGCACAGGCUGCUGCCGCUGUUGGUGCCUCGGAUGCGCGUGGUGCCAUGAACGGCUCUUUUGUUGGCUUCUUGUCUGUUCGCGUUGUUUCUGGACAAGGGCUUGCAGCCAAGGACAUGAACGGCCUCAGCGACCCGUACUGCCUCGUCUCGUUUGAGUCUCACCAGUUCAAAACAAAGCGCAUCCUCGAAACCCUGAAUCCCGUCUGGGACGAGACGUUCGAGUUUCCGAUUUUGUGCGGCGAGUCGAGCUUGCUGCGCGUGACGGUAUUUGACUGGGACAAGCUUUCGCGCGAUGAUUUUCUUGGGUUUGUGGUGAUUGACAUUACCACGCUCGUCCCAGAAAGCAAGCACCAGGAGCUGUUUGUUUUGCGACAACGUUCUUCCGACGAUGAGAUUUCUGGCUCAGUCACGCUUGAGAUGCUCGUUCGCAGCAAAAAAGCAAUCAGCACCGGCAUGAAAGACGUUGCCACGGAGCUACCUUCCGCGAAUGGUACAGAGCUCAGCCGCGCAUUCACAUCCACUACCAAGCGUUUCUUUGCAGUGCUGCAGUCCGCCUUGAUCGAGAUGACCGAUGCCGAGCACAACAUGGUCAAUCUCAGGCGUCGCUUCGUCCGGUCGCACAAAGCUGACGCCAAGCUAUCGGCUCCGCUGGCCGAGUAUGAGAUGCCGACGUUCGGGCGGGAUCGCGAUUUGGUCAGCAUGGUGGCCGAGUCCGCGCUGCAGCGCAAGAUUGCCCGCUUCCAGCUCGUCGAGGCCUGGAUUGCUGAUAUGCACGCCUUCACCUCUGAAAUUCAUCACUGGCACGACAUCGCUUUGCCCGCUCUCAUGCAUUCCCAACCAGAUGCCGAGCGCGCAACAUUCUCGGCCAAUCUGGACUCCAUUGUGACCGCCUUGGACACAUUCAUGUUUGACUGUAUGACGACCUCAUCCAACGUGCACGAGUCCAUGGCUAUCUCGACCAUCUCCUCUGGUCUGUUGACCCAUCGCAAUUUUCUGACGGAAGUGGUACUGUACGCAAAGGCUUUGCCAAAGCUGCUGUCCAGCCACUUUCAGCGCUUGCGUGAUUUCCCGUCCACCUACGCUCUUGCCGUCGACCAAGUCAGCUCCAUUCCCCUUGCUCGCCGGCUGGACGGCUCCCACGACUCCCAAACGUGGGUGCCAUCAGGCCCUGCCUUUGCGGCUCGGAUUGCCAUGGAUCAUGCUUGGGGUCCCAAGAACGGCGACGGUGUCAGUGGUGCUGGCCGCGGGUACGGAACAGUUCUACCCGACCUUGGUCGCCUAGUCGUCACGAUGGCGUCCAGCGUUAGCCCCGAAGGCGACACAGCCCCGUCGAGCAUGGGCUUGGCAUGGGAAACCAUGCUUCAUCUGCCCGUGUACGGUCUGAGUUGCAUGCUGCUCGUCGUGCAAAAAGUCCUGUCCAUGUCCGCGUCGUCCGAACCUCACUAUUCCGAGAUGACCGAGUCGAUUCUUGCCAUCAGCCAGGCCGUUCACGAAAUUUUCGGCUCCGUUCGAGAGGCUGAGCGUGCUCGACAUCUCGCUGAGAUCCAAUCGACGCUCCGGAAUGUUUCUGACACGGAGGCAGCCAUCAUUACAGACCCUGGGUGUACUUUGCUGGACGACGGACACGUGACGUUUGGGUCUGACCUGAGCGGGCAACAUGGUGUGGUGCUGCAAGCGGUUUUGCUCGACCGAGCUUUCCUAGUGCUUCGCCAGCAGUUUGGACUGUAUGGAGUCAUGUUGGCGACCGAGUUGGCCAUUCCUGCCAUUGUACUCGCUGACGUGAAUGUCCAAGAAAUUGCCGACGACGGAGCAUCUUUUGAGUUGUGCGCUAGAAACGACCCGGAUGAUCGGCUUUUGGUGGUUUCGGUGGAGAGUGCAGCCAAGUGUGCCACCUGGGUUGCCGUAAUUCGAGAAGCCAUUCGCGCCCACCGCUUCAUGCUGGCUGAAGCAGCGGCCAUGUCUCACGUUCCGAAAGGUCUGGAGCUGUCUGCACAGCAAGCACAGGGCCCCAUCAGCGAGAUGCACAUUGUUGAUUUGCAGGGUGGAAGGCGCAAAUUGUCCGCGGUCGCUUCCAUUGCGGCGCAGGUCGCCGGUCGCCGAAAGCGCGGUCCGCAAUCCACCCCACCAACUUCCAUUGGGCGCGCCGGAGCGGGACCAAUCACCGCCACUUUGCGCGAGGCCGCCAGCGGCGGCCGAUCGUCGUUGGUUUCCCUGCAGACAGAGUUGGGUGCCAUUCAAACGGCAUUGGACCAGCAUCGGGCGACCUUGCAAGACCUGACUGCUUCGCAUCUUGCGGGCUCUCCCAACGCAAUUGCUGCUCGAGAGAGAAUUGAGGCAGAAAUUGCCUCGUUAACCGAGGAGUAUUCCGCGGUCCAUGCGAAAAUUGCGCGACUCGAGAGCAUCACACAACCGGCUCCGGACACUGAGCACGGUGGCGCGGGUGCUCAACCCAAUACCGAGCCCUAUGCCCGCGCCGUAUCAAAGUCGACCCUUUCCCUGAAUUCCUCACCGAGUUCGUCUCGUCGGCUGGUAGCUGACUCGGAGGCGGACCAGCAAAAGUAUCGUCACACUUUCCAGCUACCUGAAGCUGCGCGCUUCACAGAAGUGUUUGUUUGCACUUUGCAAAGGAGCGGCUAUGGUUCUGGCCAACUUUUCAUCUCGGAUUCAUCCGUGUGCUUCAAGGCAAAAGCGCGCCUUAAGAAAACCCUCAAGACACGUUUCGAGGCAGCUGAGGUGCUGUCAGUUUCACUUAAUGGAUCUGGCAUUCUGCACAUUCGGCUCCAAUCCUCCGCCCCAGAUUUGCUUUUCGAACGGUUUGAGCCCCCAGAGUCGGCAAAUCAAGUUCUGGCGCUUUUGCAACAGUUUGCUUCAGCCAUAUGAAAGAACAGCUUGUGUUUGAUUGGUUUUGAUCGCUUCUUCGGGUUUUGUUUCCUCAGUCAUUUUUCUAUCAUCAGUCGAAUUAAAUAUUGUGCUCAGAAA